CUUAGCGAGCUAAUCCGACAAAACAUGAGGUCGGUUUUUUUCCCCUUUAGCCUUCAUUAGCAAACUGUAAUUAAAUACUGGGUUUUUUCAUGAUGAUUUAUGAUUGCAUUUUUUAUUGCGCUCGCUGUGGCCUUUCGUGCAAAACAGCAGUCUUUUACUUUGUAUAUUGACGCAGUUACCGUUUAAAUGUGCGGUGAUUUUUCUUCUUUCGUCUUUUUGGAGUGUCUUAAAUGGAAACAAAGGAAGCUUAAUGAUAAUGCUAUACGUUUGUAGCAGAUUUACAUUCUUCGGUACAAAACGGCCGGGGCUCAUCGAUGACCGAUCUUUUUCACAACUGUGAGACCUGGAGAAUUCUCGCUGCCGUCUUUAACUAGUGAAAACCUGAAUGCCAGUAUGAGGUAAACGAUUUCCAGUUCGACAUUCACCAGGCAAAGUCACUGACCUCUCUGUGACUGAACUAACCUAUCAAGAAGUGAAGAAGCUGCCCGUCAAUUCUCCAUGCUUAUAAUGAAACCCUCGGCGGUAUACCUCCUGAUGGGAGUUACUUCUGGGUGUCGACUUUAGAUCUACGGUAUGUUAUUGAAGACAAUUAAUAAGCUAGAGGCGAAUUAAUAUAAGAAGAAAACAAAACUAUAUUUCUUCUGUUGGUAUUAAUUCUUAUCCUCCUUAGUCGAGGACGUCAACAUUUCACUGAAUCUCGAGGAAUAACAAGUAACAAAGAUCUACUAUUUAACAUAGAUGAUGACUUCGCCAGCUCUGCCUCCAAGAAGUACCGGACUAAUCAUUUUCGAAUCCAUAGCUUCCGUGACGCUUAUCGUGUUUUCUGUAAUAGGCAACGUCUUCAUUUUAACAGCCCUGUAUCGAAAUCCACGACUACGAAACACCACCAACAUCUACAUCGCUGCUUUGGCGAUAACGGAUCUCCUCAACGCCUCAAUACCUGGGACAUCGUUCGCUAGCGCCAUCAUCGCAGGGAGAUUGGUCUACAGCAUGCCUGGUUGUCGACUAAGCGGCUUCCUGGUACAUUUCCUAACGUACGUUUCUAUGGCAACGAUGACGUUGACCGCCGUGAAUCGGUAUUUCAGAGUUGUUAAGCCUCAAUACUACAAGAAGGUUUUCGGCGACAAGCGUUCAUGUUACAUCAUCGCUGUUCUAUGGCUUCUAAUUGCCGCGUUCGUUCUAUAUCCAACAGCGUUUGGCGUGGCAGAGUUUUCGUUCCAGCCUGCUUCCUCGUUUUGUGCCUACACCUUUGCGAACAAAGGAUCAGAAGUGGCCUUCACUUUGACUGUCGUGUCCGUUUUAGUUGUCUUCUGUUUGUCUUUGGUCGGCGUGUGUUAUUACCAAGUUUCCAAAGCGACACGUAGCCACAAUGCAGGCGUCUUCCUCUCCCUUCAAGGCGUUUCCGCUCACGAAAUCAAACUAUCCAAAGUGUUGUUCAUUAUGGUGUUUGCUUUUGCGCUCUGCUGGAUUCCCACGUUUGGAGUCAUCUUGCUAACAAGGCUCAUCUUAGGCAGGGCCCCACACGGAUUGGCUGUGAUGAUCCCCUUUCUGCUCCAGACCUCCAGUGUUCUUAACCCCAUAAUAUAUGGUGCUUUGAGUCCGCCUUUUCGUCGCGAGUUUCGUCGGCUGAUAGCAUUUAAAAGGGCAGUUUGUUUGAGCGAUGAAUCACAUCGUUCUGUUAAUACUGGUAUCGCAGUGGCACUUGAAAGAGGCCUAGCCCUUGAGCAAAUCUCUGUUCGUCACAACUCGGUUUCAGACAUUUUCUGUUCGGAGCGAAAUGGGCUAAACAAUCUACCACAACGUGAAGAGCAAAAGGUUGCCUGGAUCUAGCUUGAUUCGCAUAGCCCUAAAAAAGUUCUUGAAAAUUUUUCAGACCUCCUGACAAGCUCAGCUGAAAACGCCAAGUCAUGUUUUCUCCAUAAGAAUCCUUAAAGCGUAGACUGCUUUCAUUAUGCUUGAGACUAUGGAAGAAAAGCCGACCACUUAAUGAUGGCGUGAGCGGCAAUGGAAAAAGAUGCAGCCCGGUUUAAAGGAACAUUUUCUAGUCUCAAAAUGUGAACUGUGAGUACAUCAAAAAAGGUUAUUAGUGAGUGAUGUACCUAAGUGAUCCAAACUGCAGUCCAGUUUUUAUCGAUAGAGUAACACAGAGAGUACAAAAGCUUGGUAGAUCUUAAUCAUGUACUUCUACUGUAAUUUCUGCUCAGCCCUUCACACUGGUAGUAGUUUUGCGAAGGCUGCUCUCGCUUCUUGACCAAACCUCUGUCGAAUAUAUAUCCAGAUCGGAUAUUCUUUGACUUCUGUUUUCAAUGUAAUGAUUUUAUCACACGCUUCUUUGCGUUUUCGGAGUGUGUGCGAAAGGAUUUAGAUAAAGUUAUGAACGAGGGCAGUAAUAGGUAUAUUUUAAAAUCAAUUAGAUUAAUCCCUCUCAAUUUUUAUACGAGAUAGAAAUCUCGGGCUCAUAAUAUAAUAAUUGUUUAUUAGAUUGGCAGGAGAAUUAGUAGCCAGUGUUUUGCUGAAUUGGAAGGCCCGGAGCCAACCCACUUUGCUGUUACUCUCUCUUUCACUCACCUUCAUAACCACUUCUAACGCUCCGUGCGCGGGAUCACUCGUAAUGCGUAGGACUUGCAUAUGAGAUGGAAACGUUGAAUUUCGAAGAGACCUAAGCGAGCGUAUUCGCGGCUUUGAUACCUAAUUUAUAGGCUGAAAUGACACAACAAUCUCUAUCUAGAUCCAGCGAAAUGGUUGCUCUAUAUAACCGUGACCUGAAUAAAUUAAAAGACCAAAAAUAUU